GAUUUUGUGUAUCGGGAAUAGCUAUGGGAAGGAUAUCAAGAAGCAGUUGUAGUAGAGUGUUUGUGAAAAGAGCAGUUGUUGGGAAGUGGUGGUUAUCAAGAAGGGGUUAUUAUGAAUGGGAUUGUUGA